CCUUUCUGUUUUGUCGGUGUAUGGGAAUGCUGGACAUCAACACGCAGCGAGGGAUUCGGCCGAAAGCUCUCCUCCUCGCUUUCUGAACCCUGCUGCUUUCACCCCCGGUUGGAAGAUACAGAUGUCAGAAGCAGAGACAGACAAGGGAAAAAUCAAACCAGCAGAAAGUUUUGAACAUGACAAGCAAAAUGUUUCUUGGCUGAAGAAAGAACUGGACAGCCCCAUCCUACAGCAGCUUGGAGGUUCAGGUAACCAGCUUACAAAUGAAAAACACACAGAUGAAAAGCCUAUGAAAGGCAUUGUUAUGAGUUCUGUGGCAGAAUUCAGCAUCACAGACACUUCAUCAAAGGGUACCAAAAAUGAGAAGAAGUUGUCAGCUGCGAGCACAUCAUCCAUCGCUUCCCUGGAGAAAUGCAGAGAAUUCACUUACAUCGAGGAUGACGCAUCAGUACAUCAGAGAGACAGUGAUGAUGAAUGUGCAACACUUAUCCUGGCCUGCUUGUUCUGCCAGUUUUGGGACUUUCUUAUAAUGCUGCCUGAUACCUGUGAACAUUGGCUGAUAGAUACCUGUUGUCCAUCCAAUAGAUACUACCAGACCUCCAACGAAGACCAUGCCAACAACGAUUGCAAUUGUGACUGUGACAUUGAUUGCAGCCUUUUUGAGUCCUGCCAUGAGACUGGUGAAUGCCUGGAACUUGCCAUGGAGAUUUCAGAAGUUUGCUACCGCUAAUAGGAAAAUAAGUGACAAAUAUUCCCCAAAACUGCCUGAAAGUGAACUGAGUGCAAAGGAUUUUGUGGGUUGUUUCUGUUUUGG